AUAAACAACAACAAAAAAAGGAUGUCAAUAUGUGUUAAAAAAAAAAGGCAUGGUCAGGGAACCAGUCUCACCAAGAGCCACUUUCAGGUUCCUCCACUUAUUUAGAAACAUUUUGCUUAUACUACAUAGAAGCAAAAAAGUAAGAGUUGAUAUGCAGCCUGCGCAGCCAUUUUGAAUCCGUUUAUAGUCACAUUGUAUCCAUACAUGUCUACAAAACGCAGCAAAAUAAAGAGUUGUGGGGUGAUCUUAAUGCAUGAUCAAUGAAGACUGAAGCCAGCCCAUGGGGUUAAUCCAGUUAAAAAAAACCCUAGUCUUUCCCCUGCGGACCUAGAUUUUUGCCUUGGCUAGCUGGAUGAUUGUUGCAGGAGUUUUCUUCUGUCUGCCUGUGUGAAAGCAGCCAUGGGGUAUGUGAUUGAAUGUAGACAGUUUGUCAUUCAAGUUGUAGUUGCGAAGGUAAGCCAUGUUCCAUGUGGGUCCUCAAGGAAGGGUUCAUCUCUGCCCAUCACAAGUCUAGUUCACGGUGUGACAUGUCAGUUGCACAUUCAGCUGUCUCAGGAGGUCCACCUUGUCUUUGAACACUACACGUUAUUUGCUUUGCCUGUUUUUGAGCUCUAGAUAAAUGAAAUCAUACAGUAUGCACUCCUUUUGUGUCUGACUUCUUUCAACAUUGUGUUUGCAAGACCCAUCCUUAUUAUUGUACAUCAUUGUAUAUUGUUCAUUCUCGUUGCUGUUAGCAUUUCCAUUGUGUGAAACACUGUGAUUUACUUACCAGACUACUGUUGAAAGGCAGUUGAGUGUCUGUCAAUAUUUAUAACAACCUGUGAGGUAGGUGCUAUUAUUCUGUCCAUUUUGCAGAUGGGAAAACUAAGGCUUUGAGCAGCUUUAGAAUUCAUUUAUCUCAAGUCACACAGGCUACUGUGGUCUAGCCAAACUUGAGCCCAGGUCGCCUGACCUGAGAGCCUGUGAUCUCCACCCUCAAUCUAUUUCUUUACUGAAGCAGUUCUUUGAUCUGUUUUUUGUCUUCUGUCGUUUUAAAUGAUUCAGUUGUGAACCUAUGGGAGCUGGACCAGGAGACAAAUUUCUGUCACCGGACCACACAUGAACUCAUCCCUCCCCCUGAGACUAAAGCUUUGUUCCUAGGUCAAGUUUACUGAGCUUAGAGUAAGGGCUUGCCCAGGUGGUUCCAGUAGUUCACCUGAUGUGUCCAGAUCCCUGUAAAUGCUGUGUGUGGUCUCAAGCUGGGCUCCCCACUUCAAAAAUAUAUUUAAAAGCUGAAGAGACUCUUGAGAGGAGGUGUGAGCACAUCUAUUGUGUUAGUAUAUCUCUGGCUUUAACUGUUUUGGUUCUAUGAUACAUGAAGAAACCUGAGGACUGUUUUGGGGUUUUUUGUUUGUUUUUCUAUAUUGAGGAUUUUUUUUUUUUCUGUAUUGAGCCUUCUAUGGCUGUUUGUAGGAAAAGAAAUGUUAGUUCAUACUUUAUUUUUUAAGAAAAUUUUCACAAAUGCAUUUUUCUUCCUGUUGCUUCCUGGGAGACAUUCAAGUGAAGGCUACAGAUUAACAUUGGAAAGAAAGACCAAUUUUCUAGCCUGGGGGUCAGGAACCCAGUACAAGGAAGUUUAUAGGAGGCCAGUUUUUGGCCUCUUCCUGGAUGGAAAUGGCGGAGCAUAAACGGGACCACCCUCUCCCGAAUUCCAUCGUUAGUAGCAAAUGAGAUGUUCUGCUCUUGCGUCUCUUCAUGACCAUCUUAGAACAAUGCAGAAGUUUGCUGGAUCUUUGGUGUGAUGACAGGAGAGAAUACAGAGGAGACCUGCACCUCCCCUCAGAGGACAGACAAUCCCUACCCAGGAAGGCAGCUCAUCCACUUUGCUUCCUGCUCCGGAAUAUACGGGUGUCUUCAUAUAAUCAUCCUCAUGCCCCACCCCAUACCCCCUUGCCCCGCCAGGAUUCUGCAUUCCAUCUCAGCCACUCCCCUAGCCAAUGAACCUGCUCACCACUUAUUUCAAGGAGACCCAGCAGAAAUCCACCAAUGUUGUGUAUCAGGCGCAUCAUGUGAGCAGGAAUAAGAGAGGGCAGGUGGUUGGAACAAGGGGUGGAUUCCGAGGAUGUACCGUGUGGCUGACAGGUCUCUCUGGUGCUGGAAAAACAACGAUCAGUUUUGCUCUGGAGGAGAAUCUCGUCUCCCACGCCAUCCCUUGCUACUCCCUCGAUGGGGACAACGUCCGUCAUGGCCUCAACAAAAACCUUGGAUUCUCUCCUUGGGACAGAGAAGAAAACAUCCGCAGGAUUGCUGAGGUGGCCAGGCUCUUUGCCGACGCUGGUCUGGUCUGCAUUACCAGCUUCAUUUCUCCUUUUGCAAAGGAUCGUGAGAAUGCCCGCAAAAUCCAUGAAUCUGCAGGACUGCCAUUCUUUGAGAUAUUUGUAGAUGCGCCUCUAAACAUUUGUGAAAGCAGAGAUGUAAAAGGUCUCUACAAACGGGCCCGAGCUGGGGAGAUCAAAGGGUUUACGGGUAUUGAUUCCGAUUAUGAGAAACCUGAAACUCCUGAGCUUGUGCUUAAAACCAACUUGUCCUCGGUGAGCGACUGUGUGCAGCAGGUGGUGGAACUUCUACAGGAGCAGAACAUUGUACCCCACACUAUAAUCAAAGGCAUCCACGAACUGUUUGUGCCAGAAAACAAACUCGACCAAGUCCGAGCUGAGGCCGAAGUGCUCCCUUCGUUAUCAAUUACCAAGCUGGAUCUUCAGUGGGUCCAAGUUUUGAGUGAAGGCUGGGCCACUCCCCUCAAAGGUUUUAUGCGGGAAAAGGAGUACUUGCAGGUUAUACACUUUGGCACCCUGCUAGACGACGGAGUGAUUAACAUGAGCAUCCCCGUCGUGCUGCCCGUCUCCGCGGACGAUAAGACACGGCUGCAAGGGUGCAGCGAGUUUGUCCUGACACACGGAGGACGGAAGGUGGCUAUCUUACGAGACCCUGAAUUCUACGAACACAGAAAAGAGGAGCGUUGUUCCCAUGUGUGGGGCACAACCUGUGCAAAACACCCCUACAUCAAAACCCUGGUAUCAACCAUUCUAUUUUCUAUGAAGUUGACUACUUUAGAUACCCAUAUGGUGAUGGAAAGUGGGGAUUGGCUGGUUGGUGGUGACCUUCAGGUGCUGGAGAGAAUACGGUGGAAUGAUGGGUUGGACCAAUACCGCCUGACACCUCUGGAGCUCAAACAGAAAUGUAAAGAAAUGAAUGCUGACGCAGUGUUUGCAUUCCAGUUGCGCAAUCCUGUCCACAACGGCCAUGCUCUGCUGAUGCAGGACACCCGCCGCCGGCUCCUGGAGAGAGGCUACAAGCACCCGGUCCUCCUGCUGCACCCCCUGGGGGGCUGGACCAAGGAUGAUGAUGUGCCCCUGGACUGGCGGAUGAAGCAGCACACAGCUGUGCUUGAGGAGGAGGUUCUAGAUCCCAAAUCCACCAUCGUGGCCAUCUUCCCAUCUCCCAUGUUGUAUGCUGGCCCCACAGAGGUCCAAUGGCACUGCAGGUCCCGGAUGGUUGCAGGGGCCAAUUUUUACAUUGUGGGCCGGGACCCUGCAGGAAUGCCCCACCCUGAGACCAAGAAAGACCUGUAUGAACCUACUCAUGGGGCCAAGGUCUUGACCAUGGCCCCUGGCCUCACCUCUGUGGAAAUCAUUCCAUUCCGAGUGGCUGCCUACAACAAAGCCAAAAAAGCCAUGGACUUCUAUGAUCCAGCAAGGCACAAUGAGUUUGACUUCAUCUCAGGAACUCGUAUGAGGAAGCUGGCCCGGGAAGGAGAGAAUCCCCCAGAUGGCUUCAUGGCCCCCAAAGCAUGGAAAGUCCUGACAGAUUAUUACAGGUCCCUGGAGAAGAACAACUAAAUGCCCUUCAGCACCAGAGUUUCUUUCUGAAGUGCUCUGUGAUUUCUUUUUCUAUUUUUGUGAUUAGAUGCUUUGUAUCCAACUGCUUCUCAAUGAUUGACUGACUUUAAAGUUAAUGUUUUAUAAUGAGGUAAAAAUGUCUAUAAUUUAAAGUCAACAUAUAUAUACACACACUCACGUGUGUGUGCGCAUAUAUAUAAAGUAAAACUGAAGACCAAACCUUAGCAGGUAAAAGCAAUAUUAUUAUUUCAGAAUGAAAUUAGUUGUAUUUUCUACUGCAUCUGAGCAGUAGGUCCCAGAUUUCGUAAAGCUUUGACCAUGUGUCUAGUUUACUUGCCAAAAAGUAAAGCAUGUCUCCCAGCUUAAGUCUUGCCAACCUGCAUUCUCCCAUGUCAUAUACCAGUAGUAAAGGAAAUGAGAUGGGCAGCCCCUUCUAUACAGCUGACAAAAAAAAAACAAGAAAAUCUCACCCCAAAUGAGGAGUGGCUCAUGUCAAGAUUCUUGCUAGUAUUUCCCUCGUGCCUGUAUCCAGCCUUACUGCCCAGUAUCUUAGGUGCUGAACUAUGACCUGACUGGAGAAACCAAAUGUGUGAAAAUGUGAAGUUAAUCUCAGAGAUCUAUGCAACCUAGUUCUGCCACGGAAGUUAUAUUAUCUAAUAAGAAAAGAAGUCUUAAUAGUUUUCUGUGAAUAAUGUAACUCCAGUUAAACGGUGUCUUUUAAUUAAAUAGCAUACAGGGCUUUGAUGAAAAGAUUUGCACCCAGGCCUCAAACAAUCUGGCAAUGUUGUGGACAUUUAAUUUUUCUCCUCUUUGCUGUGGUCAUUGUGUCUAUGGAGAGGCUGCGCCUAUUACCUGCAGCGGCAUCAGCUGUGACCAAAAACAAUUCAGACCAUCAGACUAGCGAGCUGCUGGAACCGGACAAAAACGCAGGAAGCUCCAAACUUUUCAUCUUACAGGUGAUCAAACUAAGACGAUGCACAAGCACAGGCUUCAUGAACUAAUGAGCACUGUAACAAAAGUGCCAAAUUGGCAUUUUGGAAGUACUGGUGGCACUGAACGAGCACCCAGGCCACUUGACUCCCAGGCUGGUGCUUUGUCUACCCUGUACAACACAGGAGCUGGACCUGGUUUCCCUCAACUGCUUAACAAAACUCCUUGAACAGAGGGCACUCCCUGAACUCCUUGAACAGUGGGCACUUCUUGGAUGCUGUAAGGUCCGGAGUUUUCUAAACCCAGCUGAUUUUAUUGCAGUUGAAAAAAAUACUUUCCCAAAGACUCAUGCUGUUCUGAAACAUUCAACCUCUGAUGGCUUUACCUUCUGGGAGGCACUCUUGCACCUUCUGCAUAAUUCCUUGUUACUAAGGAAUAUAUGAAGAAAUAGUACCUUUUGUACAUAGGUCUCUCUGGAAGAGACUUAAGACUGGAAAGAGAAAACUGUGAUUUUUUUUUCAUACUCAGUUUUGUUUUUUUAAAUGCUAAACCAAGCUAAUGAAAGUUCUUUUGAGAAUAAAUCACAGUGGCCACAGCAAAGUAUGACUAUCUUUAAUAGCACAGUGCCUAUAUUCAUUUAAUCAGAGGUCCUCACUACUGCCUUUUUAAAAAACAGCAUAUUUAUUGAAAACAUGAGACAAGAUGUAGGUGCCUUAACCAAUGUAUUUUGUGAUUUUUUUAAUAUAUUUAAAACUGCUCUUCUGCUUGAGUACCACUUAGUGCAAAUGAUUAUUUCUAUGUACAACUGAUGCUUGUCCUUAUUUUAAUAAAUUUCUCAAAAUGAA